AAAGAAAAGGAGCUUGGGUGCCCUUAUAAAGAUAUUGAAUAACGUCCAAAACAAGAAGAUAUAGCCUUAAUCCCACCAAUCAAUUAAUUUGUCAAAAAAUUAAGAGUCUCCCCUUAAUCCCUAAUUAAUCAUCCCUUAAUCCCUUAUUAAGCCCCAACUAGGGCUCCCCCUUAUUAUUAAUUUCCUCCCCAGUUCCCAUACUCUCUUCUCCUUUGGCCGGUCAAAAUAGAAACCUUCCCCUCCCUCUCUCCCUCUGCUCGAGAGAGGGAGAUGCUUCCCACCCCGUAACGGACGUUACCGUCACGGAAACGCCGUUACGUCACGUUACGUGAUUGAAUCGUGAAGCAAGCUCGGCGUUUUCAAUGGAGCCGGAGCAGCAGCUCAGCCUCGGGACAGCGGAGGGGGACGGCGGGGGUAAUGGCGGGGAUGACAGCGUGAAGGCGGCGAGGCUGCCCCGGUGGACGAGGCAGGAGAUACUGGUGCUGAUACAGGGGAAGCGGGUGGCGGAGGGGCGUUUGAGGGGGCGCCGGGCUGGCCGGGCGGCAAGCGGUGGAGGCCUGGUUGAGCCGAAGUGGGCAUUGGUGUCGUCUUAUUGCCGGCGGCACGGGGUGAACCGGGGCCCGCUCCAGUGCCGGAAGCGGUGGAGCAACCUCUCUGGGGACUUCAAGAAGAUCAGGGAGUGGGAGGCGAGGGUCCGGGCCGGCGAGGCAGCGGAGUCGUUCUGGGCGAUGAGGAACGACAUGAGGCGGGGGAGGAAGCUGCCGGGGUUCUUCGACAGGGAAGUCUUCGAUAUCCUCGACCACAGGGCCGAGGUGCCAGCACCCCCGCUGGCCCUUGCGCGAGCUCCGGCGGCAGCAGAGGAGGCUGAGGAGGUCAUAUUCGAUAGCGGGCGGAAGGUGGUGGCAGAGGACGGGCUGUUCUCGGACUUCGAGCAGGAGCAGGGUGGCGCCAGCAGCCCAAGGGACGAGGCGGAGGCGGAGGCGGAAGCUGAGGUCGCGGCGAUUCCGACUCCAAUUCCUCUGAGGAUUUCAACUAGAAUAACAGGCAUGUUGGAUGAGAAUCUCACGAGCGCAGCCCCCGAGUCCAAACGCCGUCCCGAAGAGGGGAGGAAGCGAAAACGGCCAGUAGCAGAAGCGGGGGAUGAGGAGACGCUCGGUCUCCAGCAUCGACUGAUCGAUCUGUUAGAAAAAAACAGCAGAUUGCUAACCGACCAACUAGAAGUUCAAGAUAGGAACUCGAAACUAGACCGAGACCUGAGGAAAGAUCAGGCGGACGGAUUGCUCGGCGUUCUCAAUAAGCUGGCGGAUGCUCUCGUGAAGAUCGCGGAUAGGUUGUAGCAUGUUUGGUUUCGUUAUAUCACAGUGAAUCCCAAUUUGCUAAAGGAUUAGGAGAGCUUUUAUUGGCAUAGAGGUUAGAGAAUUGGUGGGGGGCAAAGAGAUCAUUCAAAUUUAAGUACGUUUGUCCUCUAAUUGCUUUUCUUUCUUUUUUCUUUUCGCCCUUUUUGCCAUUUUGUGUAUACAUUUAUUUGCAGUAGUUCUUCCUUCUCUUUUCUUUUCUUUUCUUUUCUUAAAAAUAUUUCUUUUCAUUUUUCCUACACAAAAGAUAAUAAAGCAAAUUCAAAUAACAGUUUUAGUUGAUCA